AUGGCCGUCAGGUCUGGCUCACAUUCUAGAGUAUUGCAGGCGAGAUCAGGGAACAACUCCGAGUCGCCUCUGAGAAGCAUAGAUCAGCAGGCACUUGCAACUAUUUUAGAAGAGAGCCAAAUCAACCAGCGUCGCUUCAGCAGACAAUUCCUUGGCGCUAUUGUAGGCGUUGUCCUUGUGUUUAUCUGCGUCGGAAUUAUCCUCGCAUUCGAAAUGAUUCAUAUGGCGCCUAGCGUGAGUGAAACUGUAUGCGACACCGCCGACUGUCUUCGCUUGGCCUCCCACCUCCAGAAGUCCAUCAACAAGACCAGGGACCCUUGCGUCAACUUUUAUUCCUUCACCUGCUCUUCCUGGUUUAAAGACUUCACGUAUCCAGACCUACGAGACUACAGGACGUUCCUGUCUUCUACCCUAAUGCAGUUCAUGAGCGAUGGAGCUCGAACCACAAACAUCGAAGCUGUCGCGAGGGCUGUACGUUUCUUCACUUCAUGCACGAGUCGUAAGAACAACGUGACAGCAUUUACCGCAUUCAUGCGGGACCGGAAACUCCGUUGGCCGCGUAAGCCUCAGCCAGGAGACAAUGCUCUAGACGUCCAUUUGGACUUGGCCGUCAACUGGGCCGUGUCGCUGUGGUUCAGCAUUGAGGUGUCCAGGCGUGAUAGCCCGAACGACUUUGUCGUCAUGUUAUGGUAUGGCCAAGAGGUUCACGCUUGGAAGAAAUCGGAUAAUGGUACGGAUGCCACGGAGAGGUACAAGAGGCGUGUCCAGCGGUGCACAGAAAUCUUGGGUUACCCUGGAUAUCUCGGCCCUGGGAAUAUCGUCCAGCUUCGCCGCAGUGAAGAUCGAACUAAGGAGAUUGUGACGAAGUCGAAAAUCUAUCCUGCAGCGGAGACGUUGCUUCGGGCGCAUAACCUUCAGGAUAUCACCAAAAGCCAUCUUGCGUGGUUACCUCUCCUAAAAAAGAAUUUACAGUUAUACUUCAACGUCACUGGCGACACACCUAUCUGGCUGCCUAAUUUGCCGUUUCUCAAGGAAUUGUCAUCCUUAACAGCAUUGCUCAACAACAGCGAACUUCUGAACGUUCUUGGCUGGACGUUUGUUCAAGAGUACGCGUGGAUGGCCACGACAGAUUUGGACGCGCUGAAAUUCGGCACUGUGCGCAACAUGAACACUACACUUCCAUACUUGUGUCUACAGGAAACUGAGAAGUCCUUCGGCAUCGUCCUAUGGGCACCACACAUCAAAGAGCAAUUCACUAUUCCUGAGACGCUGAAAGUGGACGCCAUCCUCGACGGCGUGACCAUAAGCAUGACACAGAUCAUUCAGAACUCCACCUUGAUCGAUAACUCUACGAAGAAGACUGCAAUCCAUAAGGUCCUCAAUGCCACUCGCAUUCUAUGGCCUUCACUGCAGCUCUUUGCCGACGCCGGCUUGAAUUAUUUCUACCGUACUUUUGGUCCCAUGAAUGCAACGUUCAUCGAGAAUUGGGUUAGAUCGCGCAACGAUGUCCGGAGCUUCCUAAAUAGCCCGCAUUUCUUUGAUACCUACAAGAAGACCAUGCUUCAUCCAAUGGGAGCGGUAUUCUAUCUGUAUUACUUGAAUACCAUACAGGUAUCCAUGGGCGUUUUGAGACCUCCGCUGUACUUCCCCAAAGGCACCAUCGCUGCCAACUUCGGCUAUCUGGGAACACUUUACGCUCUGUUCCUCGGCAAGUCUGUUGACUACACAGGCAGAAAAAUAGGCGCGAACGGGGCGAUCAAAGAGUGGUGGAAGGGAGAGCCAACGGCCGGAAACUGCAGAGGGCGUGCGGUCGAAGAGAGCAUGAGAUGGUCACUGGCUUACAGGACGGCAUACGCGGCCUAUAGGCUCGCGUUGCGGCAGCAAGGAAUAUUCUCUCCGAAAACGAGGUUGGAGUCUAUGACAGAAUAUUCCGGUGACCAGGUGUUUUAUCUGUCGGCCUGUUUGCCGUAUUGUUCCUUCCAGGAAACUGGGAAGGAAGCCUGCAAUAUGGCAAUGAAAACUAGGGGAUUUAGGCAGGGCUUCGGUUGCACUGACGAACCAAAGUCCUCUGAAGAGCUUUGUCAAUAUGUGUAG